AUGGGAGAGAGUGGAAGGCGCGUCUUGGUAGUUGGCCAUGGGCCCAUCGGGCAUUCCUUCAUCGAGAAGUUGGGGGAGCGCAAUGCUGGCUUCGACAUCUCCGUGCUGUGCGAGGAGCCGCGCCCAGCCUACAACCGCGUGAUGCUGACGCAGUACUUCGCGGACCGCGACGGAGACAAGCACGACCAGAUGAAACUGUCUUACUGCACUGAAGCCUCCCUCCAGGAGACCGGCGUGAAGCUCAUUUAUGGCCGUGCAGUCGCGGUGGACCGAGAGGGCAAGUCGGUGUCAUACACGGAUCCCUCUGGCAGUUCCAUGUCUGUGGGUUACGACCUUCUGGUGUUCGCUACUGGCAGCUAUUGCUUUGUGCCACCGACUCCAGGGAUGGACUUGGACGGACUUAUCGCUGCGUCGAAGGGUGGUGCGAGGAAGGCAGCAGUGAUCGGUGGUGGCUUGCUUGGACUGGAAGCCGCGAAGGCCGUGUACGAAUUGAAGAUGGAAAGCCACGUCUUAGAGAUGGCGCCCUUCUUGAUGCCGGCCCAGCUGAACAAAGCUGCUGGCACCUUGCUCGCAAAGAAGAUUGAGGCCUUGGACAUCCGGGUGCACACCGGGGUCAGGAUCCUGGAGGUGGUUCUUUCCGAAGGAAGAGUGGUCGGGAUCAAAAUCAUCGAGCAUGGCACGGAGGAGCCCAUCAUCCUCGAGGUCGAUGUGGUGGUGGUCUCGUGCGGCAUCCGCCCCCGUGAUGAGCUCGCAAAGGGCUGCGGCCUUGAACUUGGUGGCCGGGGUGGUAUCAAGGUUGAUAGUGGGCUCUGCACAGCAGACCCGUCCAUCUACGCCAUAGGUGAAUGUGCAUCGAUCGAUGGCAACUUCUGCUAUGGUCUCUGGGCCCCUGGAGUCGAGCAGGCCGAAGUGGUCGUGAAGCGUUUCGUGGAUGGCCCCGGUGCCGCUCAUUACUCCCACAGCGAUCUCAGCACGAAGCUCAAGCUCAUGGGCGUUGACGUGGCCUCCUUUGGCCGCACGUCGGACUUCUGGUUCAAGCGGCAGUACGACGAGGCAGAUGACAAGAAGGUCGUGAGCCUCGAGAAUUCGAAUCCUUUCGAAGGAACCUACAAGAAGCUAUGCUUCAGCCCAGAUGGAAAGACGUUGCUUGGUGGGUUGCUUGUGGGGGAUACGAAGGACUACACGAAGCUCUUGCAGCUGAGCAAGAAGGAUUCCGAGUAUGUGGUCCCGGCAGUGGACUUCAAGCUAGCCGUCACUGCCAACAAGAUUAAAGAUGAGGCCCCGCCACCGCCACCGCCAGCACCGAAGAAGCCAAAGCAGGAGGUGGUGCCAACUAGUGCCGACGGUCAGCUUGCGGUCGGUCCGGCAGGGGAGGGUGGCAAGCGCGUCUUGGUGGUUGGCCAUGGGCCCAUCGGGCAUUCCUUCAUCGAGAAGCUGGGGGAGCGCGACGACGGCUGGGAGAUCUCCGUGCUGUGCGAGGAGCCGCGCCCGGCCUACAACCGCGUGAUGCUGACGCAGUACUUCGCGGACCGCGACGGAGACAAGCACGACCAGAUGAAAUUGUCUUACUGCACUGAAGCCUCCCUCCAGGAGACCGGCGUGAAGCUCAUUUAUGGCCGUGCAGUCGCGGUGGACCGAGAGGGCAAGUCGGUGUCAUACACGGAUCCCUCUGGCAGUUCCAUGUCUGUGGGUUACGACCUUCUGGUGUUCGCUACUGGCAGCUAUUGCUUUGUGCCACCGACUCCAGGGAUGGUGAUCCCGGAGAAGAAGAACCCGCAUUGGCCGGACGAUCCUGCUUCGCGUCCUGACGGCGUUUUCGUGUACCGCACGAUCGAGGACUUGGAUGGACUUAUCGCUGCGUCGAAGGGUGGUGCGAGGAAGGCAGCAGUGAUCGGUGGUGGCUUGCUUGGGCUCGAGGCCGCGAAGGCCGUGUACGACCUGAAGAUGGAGAGCCACGUCUUGGAGAUGGCGCCGUUCUUGAUGCCGACCCAGCUGAAUAAGACCGCAGGCACUGUUCUCGCAAAGAAGAUCGAGGCCUUGGAUAUCCAGGUGCACAUCGGGGUCAAGAUUCUGGAGGUGGUUCUUUCUGCGGGAAAGUUGGCAAAAGGAUGCGGCCUAGAGCUUGGUGGCCGGGGCGGUGUCAAGGUUGACAGUGGACUUCGCACCGCAGACCCGUCAAUCUACGCCAUAGGUGAAUGCGCUUCGAUCGACGGCAACUUCUGCUACGGUCUCUGGGCCCCUGGUGUCGAGCAGGCUGAGGUAGUGGUGAAGAAUCUAGUGGAUGGUCCAGGAUCAGCCGAGUACGCUUCCAGCGAUCUUAGCACGAAGCUCAAGCUCUUGGGUGUUGACGUAGCGUCCUUUGGUUCUCACAACGACUUCUUCUUCAAGCGCUGGUUCGACGACAAGGAUCCCGAGGUCAUCUCUUUGGAGUGUUCCAACCCCUUGACGGGCUCUUACAGGAAGCUUUGUUUCAACUCGGAUGGCACCAAGCUCGUGGGAGGUCUCUUGGUCGGCGACGCCAAGGAUUACACCAAGCUGCUGCAGCUGAGCAAAAAGGACGACCUGGGCGAUCUCGAUCCCGAGAGCCUCACCUACCAGAGGCCGCCUCCGGGGGAUGGCGGCGCUGCGCCUGCGGACGGCGGCGAUGGCACCGGCCUAGCCGACGACGACUUGGUCUGCACGUGCAUUGGGCUGUCCAAGGCCGACGUCGCGAAGGCCAUCAUCGAUAAGGAGGCCACAACGAUCCCGCUACUCAAGAAGGCCUGCAAGGUAGGCACGGGAUGCGGUGGUUGUGUCACGCCUGUGGGCGCGGUCCCCAAGAUCCUCGCAGCCACGCUGAAGAAGCUUGGGAAGACGGGCCCUAUUGGGAUUUGUGCCCACUUCCCUUACAGCCGUAAGGAGCUCUUCGACAUUGUCAGGAUCAAGAAGCUGAAGACCUUCCCGGACGUGCUGAGCGCGGUGGGAAAAGGCAACGGCUGCGAGCUCUGCAAACCCAUCUUGGCGUCCAUCUUGGGUGGUCUCUGGAACGAGCACAUCCUAGAUAAGGGCCGGGACGAGAUCCAGGACACGAACGACAGGUUUUGCGGAAACAUCCAGAAGACGGGAACGUAUUCCGUGAUUCGUUGGCUUAUGCCGCCCCGCCGACCCUAG